GCUUGAACCUCGCAUUGCAAGAGAAAGCUCAACUUCUUUGCGCCCGAGGAACAUUCAAAGCUCCUCCCAAUUCUCCACGACUUGCCGAGUUGCUCGGAUCUGGACCUUGAUACAAUACCCUCGCCUGUUUUCUUUCUCUUUUUCUUCUUCUUCUUCGCCCCUCCAACUUUUCCCGAAACCCAACGCGCUCCAUCUAUCGAGCACCAUGUCGACUGAGGAAGAGUGGACUGUUGGUGCCAAUGACGCCCUCACCAUAUCAUUGGUACGGCAGGGCGACUCGGGCCUGAAGAAGAUGGAGUCUUUCAAUCCAAAGUUCACCUAUCCCAUCUUUGGCGAGCAUGAGACCAUCUUUGGAUACAAGGGUCUCAAGAUCAAUCUGCAGUACAAUGCCAGCGACAUGCGCCCCAAUGCAUCCGUCACAUCCACCAAGAAGUUUCAAACUGUCAGUGAGGUGGAGGCGUUCGAUGUUGUCGGCACUCUCAAGGAGUACUUGCCUGGAGUUGCCUUCCAGAAGAAAGCAGAUUUCGAGCUUGCCGUCAACCAGCUACCAUCGAGCUGGUCACCGCCGGGCGAACAGAUCAAGACGUUCCAACGGAAGGGCGAAACCUAUGGCGUAUGGAAGGGCAGUCUAGCCGACGAGGCCGUGAAGCAGUUGGUCAAGAGAAUACAAGUUCUCGUACUGUUCUACAUCGAGGGCGGUUCGUACAUCGGCGAGGAUGCCGAGGGCAAGGACGAGCCUGAUUACUCCCUGGCCCGAUGGAACGUCUACUUUCUCUACAAGUACCAGACCCGUGAUGACGGCCGAACCGACUACGUUUUCCACGGUUACUCGACAGUGUACAAUUUCUGGCUGUUUCAGUCGCCGACACCACCCUCCACACCACCUACGCUCAUCCAUCCUAGUGUGGACGAUACCUGGGAAUUACCCGAGGGUGACCUUCCCUACGUCGAGAUCCCUCAUCGGGCGCGGAUAUCGCAGUUCGUCAUCUUGCCUCCUUACCAAGGUAAAGGUUGCGGUGCCAUGCUCUACAACACCAUCUUCGAGACACACCUUAACAAUCCCACCACCAAGGAAAUCACCGUGGAGGAUCCUAACGAGGCCUUUGAUCUUCUGCGCGAUCUUUGUGACAUGAAAUACCUUCGUGCCAAUAUCCCAGAAUUCGCUGACCUGGCCAUCACACCCGGCAUUUCCGUCCCGCAAAAAGGCGGCAUAUUACACGACAAUCUUCACGUCACACAUGCCAACAGCGCCACGUCGCAAAGGGCUAUUGUCGACAAGGACGCCCUCGAGCAAAUCCGCCAAAAGUCCAAGAUCGCACCGCGACAAUUCCACCGACUUAUAGAGAUGCACUUGAUGUCCAAAUUACCUCUUUCUGUACGCCCGAUACCCGAGACCACUGACGAGAGCAUGAGUCCUCCCAAGACUGCCAAGCCUUCACCUCAGGACCAGAACGUCUACACGUUGUGGCGCCUUCUGUUGAAGCAACGACUUUACCGGCGCAAUGCUGCAAUUUUGGGCGAGUUUGAGAUCACAGAACGUAUCAUCAAGCUCAACGAGACAUUGGAGAACGUCGAGUGGGAGUAUGCCCGUAUCCUUGAAAGACUUGAGGCCCCGAGACCAAGUGCUGGAAACGGCGAGGAAGCUGUGAAUGGCAAUGGAAAAAGGAAAGCUGAUGGCGAGGAGAGUGCUGAACCUUCUAGUAAAAAGGUGAGAGUGGAGGAUGCUUAAGUGGCCAUAAGGGGAAAGGACGGCCAUUGGCGAAGCCACAAAUGAAUGAUCAUAGAUCAGAUCGCUUCCCCUCGGAAGAAGUCCUGCCCGGCAUAGGUGUGUCUUCAAUAUUCUGAAGGUAGCCCAGGAAUGAAUAGCCGCUUGAGUGAAAUGUACGUGACGGCGCACGGAAUAAGAUGUUAUGGUCUGGCUGGCUGGCUGGCUGGCUUGGUGGCCAAGCUCGUUGUACUCAUAUUUUGGCGCAUUGGUAAAAGAAAAACAAUACCCUUUCUUUCAGUGA